AUGUAUGCGGGUCAUCAUGGCAAUGAAUAUCCGCCCUUCAAAUUGUGCCUCGUGCAAGCCGCCAUGAUCCAUGGCGCACCGCCCAUGGUAGCUACGGCAGGUCUUGGUGUAGUGCUUCAGUACAGAUGGACCAUAGGGCUAUCAAAAGUCCCGGGAUGGCUUCUGGUUGUUUUCAUUGUGACACCACCAUAUCUCGUGUUUAUCGCCUUCGCGGUCACUACUGCAGUAGCUGGUCUGCGGCAUCGCGAUACGGUUAAAUCGGAAACGAGACUCUACUGUUCGAUAGCGAUUGGUGCGGGACCGUUUGAAGACCUCGGUGUUCCGAUCUUCUGUACUAUCCUGCUGGUCGCCAUUGUGGCGCUAGAAGUGGCAAUGAUCAUACAGUACUGGUACAGCUGGCUUCGUAUUAAGCAUGCCUUCCCACUGGCCAUCAGGAAGCCUUCCUUAUCGCCCUGGCUGCGCGUGGGUCGCAUUGUCCUAUCUGCUCUAGGUGUCGGCGUUCACGUUGUACUCCUUAGCAACGCUCCUCGGCGCGCGACGAAGCUAUUCAAUUAUGAACUACCACAGUCCCUAUGGUCGCGACGAUAA